AUGUCCUGCUCCAGCCUGUGUGUGCCUCUGUGUGGGGUGGCCGCCCCGGCACCCCUGGCUGACAGUGCCAACGAGCCCUGCGUGCGGCAGUGCCCCGACUCCACCGUGGUGAUCCAGCCCCCGGCUACGGUGCUCACCUUGCCUGGACCCAUCCUCAGCUCCUUCCCUCAGCAUGCCGUGGUCGGCUCGGCAGGAGUCCCGGCUGUUGCAGGGGGCUUUGGCGGCACUUUUGGAGGCCGUGGUGCCUUUGGGGGCUCUGGAGGCCUUGGGGGUUAUGGUGGCCUUUUGGGCUCUGGAGGCCUUUUGGGCUAUGGAGGCAUUGGAGGUUAUGGGGGCUAUGGAGCCUUUGGGAGCUGUGGAUAUGGAGGUUGGGCUCUAAGCCACAGGUAUCUCAGUGGCAACUGCGGGCCCUGCUAA